AUUCACUCAUUUUCACAAACAUUGAUCAACUAAAGUUUCUAACUAUACACUCCCUUUUAAAUAGACACAAAGAAGACACCACAAUAAAAUACCAAUAGAGAGAAACUAAGAGUAAGAAACAUGUAUAGGUUCAGCAACACAGUGAUAGGGUUCUUAAACUUGUUAACACUAUUAGCAUCCAUACCAAUAAUUGGAGCAGGAUUAUGGAUGGCAAGAAGCAGCACAACAUGUGAAAAUUUUCUCCAAACACCACUUCUUGUAAUAGGUUUUAUUGUACUUGUGAUAUCAUUAGCCGGUUUCAUUGGUGCUUGUUUUCAUGUAGCAUGUGCACUAUGGUUGUAUUUGGUUAUCAUGUUGGUGCUAAUAGCAGCACUAUUGGGUGUAACUGUAUUUGGUUUUGGUGUGACUAGUAAGGGUGGUGGUGUUGAAGUUCCAGGUAGAUCUUACAGUGAGUAUCAUCUUAUGGAUUAUUCACCUUGGUUGAAGAAAAGAAUAGAAAAUCCUAAGUAUUGGAAUACUUUAAGGAAUUGUAUUUUGGGUUCUAAAACUUGUGAUAAACUUGCUUCUUGGACUCCUUUGGAUUAUAUGCAGAAUGAUAUGUCUCCAAUACAGUCAGGAUGUUGUAAGCCACCAACAGCUUGCAGCUACAACAUGGAAUCAGUGAUGCUGAAUCAAGACUCAGAUUGCUAUAAAUGGAAUAAUGCACCAACCGUGUUAUGUUAUGAGUGUGAUUCAUGCAAAGCCGGUGUACUUGAAAACCUAAGAAGGAAUUGGCAUAAAUUAUCGGUUCUCAUUGUCACGAUGCUGGUUCUUCUCAUAGGGAUUUAUUCGAUUGGUUGUUGUGCUUUCAGAAAUGCGAGAAGAGCUCAAACGGAUUAUCCGUAUGGUGAAAAUCGAAUGACCAAAGUUCGGCCUAGAUGGGAUUAUCAUUGGUGGAGAUGGUUGCAUGACAGGAAAGAACAGCUUUAUUAGAAGAUAAGCUCUACCAUCCAUGGAUUGUGACAAUUCACUUCUUUUUACAGUGUUUUGUUUGUUAUUUCUAGUAUCAGUUUUCUAGUUGGGUGCUUUUUUUUUGUAUAAAACUUGAUUUUGCUUUAUCUCAAUUAUCAUAGCAGACAGUUGCUUUA